AUGAAAGUAUUCAUACUCAUCCUUGUGAUGGUUUACAUCACCACAAUACUUCCGAUACAGGCUUCAUUAGCAAAGCCAGGUUGCCAGGAGAGAUGUGGCAACUUAACUAUAACAUAUCCAUUUGGCAUUGGGCCGGGUUGUUACUUGAACAAAUCAUUUGAAGUUUUCUGCAAGGGAUCAUCAUCAUCACAAAGUCUUUCUUCUCUUCAAUUUUUGUAUAACUUAGAAAUGCCCAUAUUAGAUAUAUCCAUGGAGACGGUGCGCGUACUUGAUAGGCCUAACCUCGUAUGCAGUUAUCAUUCAUUCACGUCCAUAAGAAGAACAGUUAGACUUCAGCCACAUUUCACAUAUUCUCAUCAUCGAAAUAUCUACGUGGCAGUAGGAUGUGACAUAGCUGCUACGUUUCAUGUGGCAGGUACCACGAGUGACAAUGUAGUUGGGUGCUCCUCACUUUGUCUAAUGCAAUCUCUUGAUGGAUUUGGCACUUGUAUGGGAAUCAAUGGUUGUUGCGAAAAAUAUCUCCCAACAGAAACAGCUGCCUAUACUUUCCUAGUUGGCAACAUAAAAAGCUCUUCAACUUGCAUCGGCGCAUUCGUUAUUGAAAAGGACUAUCAUCGACCGUUAUUUAAUAGAUGGGAAGAUAUACACAACUUUCCUGUGGUCUUGAAUUGGGUUAUCGAUUUUGGUACAUGCCAGCAAGCUUAUAAAAGAGAAGGCAGUUUAUGUGGCCAAAAUAGUUAUUGUGUUGACACCACCAAAGGCCAUGGAUAUAACUGCCGAUGCUUGGAAGGCUACAAAGGGAACCCUUAUCUUCCUGAUGGAUGCAAAGAUACUAAUGAGUGUCAGAACCACCAUUCUUGUAGAAGAUUUGAGCGUUGCGUCAAUACGCCUGGGAGUUACGAGUGUGUUUUGCCAUACCAAGUUGCACCCGCAGAAAGUAUAGCAAUUGGUAUUGGACUUUUAGCUGUUACUGCUAUUGGAUAUUGGACCCAUAUGAAGCUUGCAAGAAGAAAGAAAAAUGUGAUAAAACAGAAAUUCUUCAUAAAGAAUGGUGGACACCUGCUGAAGCAACAAAUUUCGGCAAAUAGAUCAUCUGUGAUGAAAAUCAACAUUUAUACUGAAAAAGAGAUGGAGAAGGCAACUGAAGGUUUUAGCCGAAAGGGGAUCCUUGGAAAGGGAGGACAGGGUACAGUGUACAAAGGGUUGCUGCCGGAUAGAACUGUUGUAGCAAUAAAAAAGUCAAAUGCAGUAGACAAAGAUCAAGUAGAGCAGUUUGUUAAUGAACUUCUCAUCCUUGCACAGAUAAACCAUAGGAAUGUAGUGAAGCUAUUAGGUUGUUGCUUGGAAUAUGAAGUCCCAUUACUAGUAUACGAGUAUUUAUCCAAUGGUACACUUUCAGAACACCUCUUUGAUGGAGCGGAAGUCUCCAAAUUUUCAUGGAAAGAUCGGAUACGAAUUGUAAAGGAAGUUGCAGAAGCACUAGCCUAUUUGCAUUCUUACGCAUCCAAUGCGAUAUUUCAUAGGGAUAUCAAGCCCGCCAACAUCUUACUAGAUGAGAACUACAGAGCGGUAUUAUCUGACUUUGGACUUUCCAGGUCAAUACCUCUUAGCAGAACACAUCUAACUACACAAGUUGAUGGCACAUUUGGAUACUUGGAUCCAGAGUAUUUCGAGUCAGGACAAUUUACUGCAAAGAGUGAUGUGUAUGCCUUUGGUGUGGUCCUUACCGAACUCCUUACCAGAAGAAAAGCCAUUUCUUCGGUAGAUUCAGAUGAAGGUCUGAUUCCACGAUUCCAAAAUGUGAUGAAACAUAAUCGUGUAAUUGAAAUUUUGGACAAGCAAAUUAUGCAAGAAGCUUGUAUUGAUGACUUGGUUAUUGUAACUAAGCUUGCUAAGAGAUGUAUAAAAAGGAAUGCAAAGAAAAGACCAAGUAUGAAUGAGGUGGUAGCAGACUUGGACAAAAUAAGGCUGGUACAACCAGAGAUUCCUCCUAUGAGCUUUAUAGAUGAUUUCACAUCAACUUUGUGA